AUGGUUUCCGUAACCAUCACGUACAAGAAACCCGGCACGCAGCCUCCCAUCUUCGUCGCUGGCUCCUUCUCAGAUCCACAAUGGCAGCCCCAGGAAAUGCAAUUCAUCACUGAGGACGGCGGAGAGCACACCUUUCACAAGAAUAUUGAGGUGCCGCCCGGCUCGCAGAUCCAGUACAAAUUUCGAGUUGGUCUAGGUGACUGGUGGGUUCUUAAUGAAGACGGCCCUACAGUGACCGACGCAUCUGGAAAUCGAAACAAUAUCCUGCUAGCUCCGGACGUCGCGGAGGACAAGCAGCCGGACGGAGACAACGGCGAAGACUCUGCUAAAGCUUCAGAAAGAAUGGAGGCCUCGAACGCCGCUGCUGCUUCAUCAGCCUCUCAGCCCGAUCCCGAGCCCGAGCCCCAGCCCACUACCAUGGGCCAUCUCAAGGAAGAAGAACGGCAGCGACUUUCAUCAACACCAAUCGAGCAAGUCGCAGACACCGCAGCAGAGGUCGCCGACAGCGCCGCGAAACUUGAUGCCGAAGUGGAUACGACUCGUCCUGAACCACUUUCCAAAGGCGUGGACCGGCUGAAGGAUGAAGAGCGACAACGUCUCUCGUCGACGCCCAUUGAGCAGGUUGCUAGUGUCGCCGCCGAGGUCGCCGACAGCGCCGCGAAACUUGAUGCCGAAGUGGAUACGACUCGUCCUGAACCACUUUCCAAAGGCGUGGACCGGCUGAAGGACGAAGAGCGACAACGUCUCUCGUCGACGCCCAUUGAGCAGGUUGCUAGUGUCGCCGCCGAGGUCGCUGAUAGCGCCCAAGCGCUGGACGCUGACAAGGAUUUCGAACGAAGAGACAAUGCGGAUGACGGUCCCCCGCCUCUGUUUACUCACGAAGCUCUGGGAUCUUAUGAACCUUCGGGAAGUGGCGACGAAGAAGACGCUCCUAAAGGACUUGAUCAUCACGGCACCGUAGACUAUGAUGUCGAUAACUACGAUUUGAAUGAUCCGACGUUGGAACGCUGGCCCUCAAACCGCAGUGGCAUCAUCGACGCCGUGCGCAAGGUCGAAACCGGACUCAAUGAGGAUCAGACUAGCUUUCAUGGCGCACCCCUAUCUCCUGUGAUUGAAUCUCGAAAAGCUGGUCUUGAUCAGUACUACGAAGAAGCCGUUCUCUCGUCAGGACCUUCAAGCCCGAGUUCUAACAAGAAGCUCGAAUUGCCCAGAAAAUCCCAUGGCUCAAUGGUAUCGGACAGAUCGCUCCUGUCUUUGGGAUCAAUUGCCGAAGAGGACAAGGAAACGCCGAGUGCCGAGGGAGCCGGCUUCGAUAACGACGGUAUGGUGCGGGUGCCGAGCCCCGCGAUACGGCCGACACCAAGCACCUUGAUAUCACCCGCGAGCGAUGAGGACGAAGGAGUCGUCAUGAAGGGUUCCAAGGCCAAGUCUAGGAACAGUUCGGAGUCAGCAAGGUCGGAGUUAGCGCACCUCAAUGGCGUGUCCAAUGGCAAGCAUGCAAUGGACGAGUCGCCCAUGGCAUCUUCCGCAGAGCCAGGUACCCCGGGAGUCAUUGUCGAGACACCCGAGCGAAUUGGAGAUUCAAGCAACGAUGAGGACGAUAACCAGACAAGGUCUGUUGAAUUGGGCCCCGGCGGUUCGGCCUCGACCACCGGUCGAGAUGAUGGCCACAAGGGCCAAAUCAAGAAGCGCGGAGCUUCAUCGACCGAACGACCCAGCACUCCUGCCUCAAUACACAGUGUUACAGACAGUAAGGGUGGCUGGCUGCAGGCUUUCUUCCGCGUGCUGUUUGUAGACUGGAUCGGUGGUUUGUUCGGCCGGAUGUUCAGCAGCCGGAGAAAGGCGAUGCUGUUAACGAGCACGGUCGCCAUCGUUGCGGGGGCUGCAUGGUGGAGGCUUGCCAUGGGCGGCGACUUGAGCUUCGGCGAAACAUCACUAUGA